AUGUCGAGAAAAAGAUUUAAAAGACGUUCGACGAUACUAAAAUAUUUGUCUUUGUGGAACAAAGGGAUAUCUCAAAAAUGGCGGCGUUUAAGACGACGCUGCACAUCUUUUACCACCGGUUCCUCCGUCAAUAAUUAUAUUUCAUCUCAAGGUCAUCUUCACAGAGAAUCUCUAUUAGAUUUAGAUGCGACGUGUGACGUACCGGUAAUAAGACGAAAUAGCGGUGGUAGCAGUAGCGGUUCGAUUGUCAUAACACCGAAACGAGUUAUGCCACCGUCUAAAGACAACGAUGUUUUUCCAAAAUCCGAUACAUUAUCUUUGGAUGGAAGUUUUCUUUCGCCGAAACCACCGAAAAGUAAAAGUUCGAGCGAUAAAAUAUUAUCAGACGUACAGCAAAUGUUACGUAGCAAAUUGAAUAGAAUACAUGCCGGACUAAGAAAACGACGAGCCGUAUCGAUACACGAAGUUCAAACAAACAGAGCACAACAGCAUCCGAUAUUUUACGUGCCUUUACCAUUAAACUCAUCUAGUCAAAACGGUAGUAGCAUUCACGACAAUAUAGUCGAAAGAGACGACGAAAACGAUGAUGACUGUACCGGUCACCUGAGUUUACCACCGUUUGCAUUUCGAGAUUCGAACGAUAAAGUAAAUUACGAAUUAAAUAGUAAAACCUCGAGUGUGUGCUCAUCCGGAAGAGGAACUUGUGCGUCUGACGAUGGCGACAGAAGGAGCACAUCGAGUAAUAGGUCUUUAGCUUCCGGUAAAGACGUUAACGAAAACGGAGAUUACACGUGGGGUAAAGACAACGGAUAUCACAGCAUCGAAAUACAACAACAACAACAACAACAAUACGAUCGAGUUUAUUGUGAUAAAUGGACGAGUCCGACGAGAGAUAAAAUCACGUCAAACGAUAUAUUAAACGAUCAUAAUCGUUUCGAUUUUAUACACGCAUCCGAAAAAAGGAAUAAUGUUAAAUUUGCCGUUAACGAAUCAACGAAAAACAUGGAAACUCCUGUUACGAAAUUUUGCAGAGCGAGAUUAUCCGAACAUUCGAAAAAUCAUCAUUAUUUAACUUCGAGAUUCAGUGCAUGCGAACCUUCUAAAAAUUUCUUUCACAUCGGAAGUCCCAUAACGAAUCGUUUCAUCACGUGUCAAACGUUUACAGAUUCUGGACCAUCUUCUCUUCCGUACAGCAUACAAGAAAAUUCAAAUUACGAUAACGAUAAAAAAUUAUUAAAUCCUUUACCCAUAUUGGAAGAUUUACCACCGAAAGGUGAUAGAAAGAUGACUUCUUCUGCUGCUUUAUCUCAAGCUUUGAGAAAUAGAACUAGAUCGCAAUCACCUUUAAAAAAAGGAAUAAAAAAUUAUUGUAAAAAAAACGUUUGGGAUAAUAAUAAUGAUGAUAAAAAUGAAGAGAAAAAUUUUGAAGAAAAUGAUAACACAUCGUUAAGAAUUAACGGCAGUAGAGAAAAUUUACCGUUGAAAUUAGAUUCGGAUAGUGCAGACGAUGAAAAAGAAAGUAGUAAAUUUUGCACACUUCCAAGACAUGGUAAAGGAUCCGGAUUUUCAAUAUUAACCGUUACAUUUACAAAAGGACCAGGACAAAAAGGUUUAGGUUUUAGUAUUGUCGGAGGAAGGGAUUCCCCUAAGGGUCACAUGGGAAUUUACGUUAAAACGAUAUUUCCAACGGGACAAGCAGCCGAAAGUGGAGCUUUAAAAGAAGGUGACGAAAUAUUAGCAGUUAAUCAAAAACCUUUUCACGGUUUAAGUCAUCAGGAAGCCAUAAACGUAUUUAAAGAAAUUAAAAAUGGCGCCGUACAAUUACACGUUGGAAGACGACAGUACAAAAAACGUUGA